UUGGUUGAAUUCGCUUCCGGUGUAUUUUUCUCCGGGGGGUCACACAGAAGGGGAGAGGAACCUAAAAGGCUUCAGACAUGCUGUUACGGAGAGUGUUGCACAUCGGAGGCUUGACGCUGAAACACAGCAGGCCGAUCCACCACAGUCCAGUCUGGAGGAGUCCCCUCAUCCCCAUGGUGGUGGAGCAGACGGGUAGAGGAGAGCGAGCGUAUGACAUCUACUCCCGCCUCCUGAGGGAGAGAAUCAUUUGCGUCAUGGGUCCUAUCGAUGACUCCGUGGCCAGUCUGGUGAUCGCCCAGCUGCUCUAUCUCCAGUCGGAGAGCAACAACAAAACCAUCCACAUGUACAUCAACAGUCCCGGCGGUGUGGUGACGGCCGGCCUGGCCAUCUACGACACCAUGCAGUACAUCCUCAACCCCAUCUCCACCUGGUGCGUGGGCCAGGCAGCCAGCAUGGGCAGCCUGCUGCUGGCGGCGGGGACAUCGGGUAUGAGGCAAUCACUGCCCAACGCCCGCAUCAUGGUGCACCAGCCUUCAGGGGGCACCAAGGGUCAGGCCACGGACAUCGCCAUCCAGGCCGAGGAGAUCAUGAAGCUGAAGCGACAGAUCAACGGCCUCUACGCCAAGCACACGAGGCAGCCGCUGGCCACCAUCGAGGGCGUGAUGGAGAGGGACCGCUACAUGAGCCCCGUCGAGGCGAAGGACUUCGGCAUCAUCGACCGGGUGCUGGUCCACCCGCCCCAGGCGGGCCAGGACGAGCCCGAGCUGGUGCAGAAGGAGCCGGCGGCGCCCGCCAGCCCGGUGCCGCAGACAGAGUCCGAGGCCCACGAGCCGGCGCUCCCCGGGACCAACGCCCCGUCCUCCUACAGACCAGAGCCGUGACGGCGCCGCCUCGGGGUCCGGUACUUGUAGAGUUCUGAAGGUGGCUUCCCCCCCCACGUUGCAGCCAUCCGAGGCUCCGGUGGUCAGAGGGUCCUCAUGUGACGUUUGUUCCUUUUGUUUUUUUGUAAUUACUUUUGAGACGGUGAUUCUGGAUGAAAUAAAAGAAGUGACUGCUGAGGA